CCCACCCCCCGCCUCAGCCCCCCGCGGAUGUCGCUGUUGCUGCUGCCGCCGCCGCCGCUCAGUGCGCGCAGGGCGGGAGCCAGGAGGAGACAGGAGACCCAAGCGGCUGGGCACCAUUGAAUAAAAGCUCUGCAAGUCUGCAAUAAAAAUGGCCUCCAAUAAAACUACAUUGAAAUCCAAAACAUUGAUCUUUAAGUGACAAGAAUUAGUGAAGCCGAAAAGAGUACCAGAAAACAGUCUUCCAUUGAAUCAAAGAAUUUUAGUCCAACGGAGAAUACAGAUGGAGAUGUUCCCCACUUGUAGCCUGCUUGCCUCAUCACCACACAAAAUGGGAAAGAAACAGAAUGGCAAAGGUAAAAAAGUUGAAGAGGCAGAGCCUGAAGAAUUUGUUGUGGAGAAAGUCCUGGACAGACGUGUUGUAAAUGGAAAGGUGGAAUACUACUUGAAGUGGAAAGGAUUUACAGAUGCUGACAACACAUGGGAACCUGAAGAGAACUUAGAUUGUCCAGAGCUAAUUGAAGCUUUUCUGAACUCUCAGAAAGCUGGUAAAGAAAAAACAGAUGGUGCCAAAAGAAAAUCUUUGUCAGAUAGUGAAUCUGAUGAUAGUAAAUCAAAGAAAAAGCGUGAUUCUGUUGAUAAACCAAGAGGGUUUGCAAGGGGUCUUGAUCCUGAGCGGAUAAUUGGGGCUACGGAUAGCAGCGGAGAGCUUAUGUUCCUCAUGAAAUGGAAAGACUCUGAUGAGGCAGAUCUGGUGCUGGCCAAAGAAGCUAAUGUGAAGUGUCCUCAGAUCGUAAUCGCUUUUUAUGAAGAACGGCUAACUUGGCAUUCAUGCCCAGAAGAUGAAGCACAAUAAUUGUUUGCAUUGCUUUUUUUAUAUAUAAGAAUAUUAAAACCUGAAAUUUGAUUUAUUAGCAAUGUGAGAAGCAUACAUUCUAACAAGUUUCAAAUUUGAUAUUUUUUUGAAGUAGUAUGUUUUGCAUCAACAGCAAGUAAAUAAAAGCUUUCUGCAACUUGUUUCAUUUACCACAAGAGAGCAUUUGAUACUACUACUUCCUCCAUAUUAGGUAAAAGUUUUAUAAAACAUUGAUGAACUUCCUUAGUUAUUACAGAAUCAUAAUGAAUGUCUAAACAAACUCACAGAUGUUUUGUAGUCUUCUAUACUAUUGAUGUGCAUGUAUCUUCUUUACCCAAACCUAGCCCUUUAAUCCUGUAAGGUCAUUCUUUCUAGUAUUUGGGAUCACUUGGUCUUAAGAAGACCAGGUGAAAACUAACUUUGUAGUAAUUUGAAUGUUAUCAGACUGUAUAUUGUUUACUUUAUUGUAAAUACUGGUGAGCAGUGGUCAAUAAAAUAGUUUUAUAUUCUUCCUUUA